CACACCCACGCCUCAUCUUCUAACUCUCAAGCUGAGUGAAGAGGUAGAAUGUGACUUAUUUUUCAGCUAACAUACAGGAAUUAUUUUAUAGAACAGCAGCCCUCAUCAAAAGGAAGUCUCGGCUCUUUCUCCUCUCUGCUCUAGCUUCUCUGUGUGUUUUGGAUAGUCAACUGCUAGCUACCAGUGACAGUGAAAGACAAGGACAUACAGCCAGAGGAAACAGCCAACGCCUUUAAGAGAUGUCUGGUGGUCCCAUCUCCUGCUUCUCCAAACAGGGAAUACUACUUCUCCUACUCUCCAACCUCCACUAUGGUGUAGGUGUUCCUCUGAUCAUCAACAAGAGAGUGGGGGACUCCGUGGAGCUGCUGGCAGGCAUAGAGAAUGGACAUUUGAAAUCCUUGGUGUGGAAGUAUAUGGGAAAGGAAAUUGCAGAAUUCAACUCAGAAGUUGUAUAUUCACCUGGAUCCCAGUUUGAGGGGAGACUAAAGAUGAACACUAAAAACUUUAGUUUAACAGUCAGAGAGCUGACACUGCAAGACUCAGGGGAUUUUCUACUUACAGGCGAAGGGGAUAAAGGUCAGAUUGACAGUAAGACCAUCACUCUGAAGGUCCACGAGCCUAUAUCUAAGGUGGCGAUCCAGACAGACAUCAAACUAUUGGCCAACCACUCCUGUACGAUACGGCUGGUGUGCAACGUGUCCUGCUACCACAACAUUACUUACACCUGGGAGAGAGACAAUGAGAUCUACGGGGAUGCCCAGCAGAUUUACUUCUCUCUCUCACCAGCCGAGAGAAACAUCAGUGUAAAGUGCAACGCCACCAACCUAGUCAGUUGGAAAACUGCCUCUGCAACAGUAAAGUGCAGUAAUGACACAACCACCCCAGAAUAUGUGACAGGACUGGCGUGGUAUACCAUCUACAUUGGAGUAACAGUGGGAGGUGCUGUGGUGCUGAUCCUCACUGUAGCUGUGGUAGUGUGCUACUGCAGGGGCCGAAAUAACACAGAAGAUCUAACUGACAACACAAUAUAUGCUGAUGUUAUGGACAACACAAGAAGUAGAGAUACAAGAUCAAACAGUCAGGUAAACCCAAUAUCCAUCUAUGAAACUGUCAGUGAUCUGGUUAUCCCAAGAUUGAACAAGCCGCAGACUCUGUAUGACAAGAUUACAUUUGGACGCCCAGAAGGCCCCCAGUCUCCCUACCAGGAAGUACUGUGAGCUGAACAGGAUGAGGUCAUAGGCUGGGCCUUCCAUAGAACCCUCUGCAUCCUCUGCAUCUUACACGUGUAUAUUCUGUAGAUAGGCCUAGAUGUUACUGUUUAAUUUCAUCACAACCUACACUAUUUGCUUUAUUUCCUUCUCCCUUUGAUGAUUCUCAUAUAUACGGUAUAUCAUAAUGCCUUAUAUCUUUCUUUGAAGGCCUAGUUACAGUUAGAAGAUUCGGAAAUGUGUAAUAAGCAGUAGAAGGCGUGGUGAUCAGACAAGCUCAUAUAAAAAAAUUAUAUUUUCAAGAUUAAAGAAAAUUGUUUUAGAUACUAGUAUGACAUUGAUUAGUUAGGUUGAUGUAGUCUUUUGCGUUAGGAUUAUGUGCUCGCCAGGCAUCAAUGAGGUUGUAAUCAGAGAGUAUAUGCUUUAGAGCCUUGGUUGCGUGUUGAUUGUAGAUGAUCUUAUUUGAUUUGUUCGCAUGUCCAAAAUGGCAUUCAUGUCUGUCCCAAUAAUCAGAUGGAAUUCCGUUCAUUCUAAAAAAAAUAUGCUGUUCAGAGAAUCAAAAAGAAUUCUACCCUAUUUGCAUGCCUUGAGUGCUUUGCAUUUAGAGUGAAUUGUAAUUAACACUCACGACUGUAUUUGUUAGCAGCAGAGGCAUGAUUGUUUUAUUGAAUGGUUUUCAGUACUGUAGCCUUCACCAAGUGAAUGUCUAAGUGGAUAUGUUAUCUUUAAAAUUAAACUCAUUAUGACAACACAUUACAUAUAUCAUAAAGCCCCUGAGGGCCUAGUUACACCCUAACACACUGGUCUGAAACUCCUGGUUUAGUCAAAUUAUGCCGGCUUGCAAAGGGAUGUGUCAUUUCUAUUAGAAUCCAGUCAAAGUUAGGAUAUCCAACUAUUUAACAUUUCAGUCACAUGCAACCUGCAUUCAGAAUGACUGUUGGGGUAGAGAAGAUUGAUUAUUGAGACUACCUAACUCAUAUAAACUGGAACAAACAUAUCAGUAAUGUGUGAAAUAAGUCCAACUACUAACAGAUUGGAUUCGUUUAGAAAAAUGUAUGUUAUCUAUAUUUGUUUUGCAGAAGAUUAAUCAACCAGUCAUCGUACAUGCAAAUACACAGGUAUUGAAAGAAACCAUUCUGAAAAUCAACCGCAAGAGAUCAUACUGGAAUAAUGAUAAUGAUGAUGAUUGGUGUGUUUUUGAGUUGUUACAUACAUUUUGUAUUUUACUCAACAAGCUUGUUCAAAUACAACUGACUUCAAGCAGAGAUGGUGAUAAAAGACUCACACUUUGGCUCAAAUUCUUGUCAUUUUUAAG